AUGCCACCUCAGACCUACGAGAGCCAGCGCGCCUGGAAAGAAGUCCAACAAUUCCUUCCGCAACGUCUCCACUUCACUGACAAACACCAGCCAGUUGAAGAAUGGUGGGAGAAUCGAGGGCAUACAAUCCACCUCGAUCGAUGGAGGAACCCAGCAGCUAAGGUGAGGCUGAUUAUGCAUCAUGGUGUCGGUACAAAUGGAAGACAAAUGUCCAUGAUCCUUGGUGUCCCCUUACAUCAAGCCGGGUUCGAGCUCGUUGCCAUCGAUAUGCCCGGCUACGGGUGCACACAGGUCGCGAAGGGCGUCACAUACUCAUACGACGACUGGGUCAAUAUCGCCAGCGACUUCAUCAACUUCGAACUUGAGCAUGACACGCGACCCAUCGUGCUCUACGGCCUCUCUGCAGGCGGCAUGCUGACCUACCACGCUGCGGCACUGAAUAAGAAAGUCAGCGGUAUCAUCGGUAUGACCUUCCUCGACCAACGAAUCCAGCAAGUCGCCGACGAAACAGCGCGGAAUUUUUUCAUGAGUCGGGUUGGCCUCCCGAUGACUCGUUUGUGCAACAAUCCACUCACCAGGAAGUUUUCUGUCCCCAUGUGGCUGGCGAGUAAGAUGUCCGCGCUGGUCAAUGACCCCCAGGCUCUGGCGAUCAUGUUGGCGGAUCCGACGUCCGCCGGCUCCUGGAAGUCGAUGCGGUUUUUGGCGACAUACUCGUCGUAUAACCCCACGAUUGAGCCGGAACAUUUCAAUUUCUGUCCAGUUCUAUUGACGCAACCGGCGGAAGAUGCUUGGACGCCACUGCAUCUGAGCGAGACGUUCCUACCGAAGAUCAAGAAGGUACCUGUCAAGACUGUGAUACUGGAGAAUGCCGGCCAUUAUCCUUUGGAGGAUCCCGGGUUGCAGCAGUUGAUUGACGCAGUCAUUCCGUUUUUGAGGGAGUUGUCACAAAACUAG